AUGGCCGACUCCCAGGUCUCCGAAUACAAGACGGCCAUCUACCUCCUGAGCCAGAUCGAUGCCCCCCUGAAGCUCGUCAUCGCCGGCAACCACGACUUCACUCUCGACACGCCAACGUACCAGCGCAUGCUGCACAAGGCCCGCAGGCGCCGCAACUUUUCCGAGCUCCUGCGAACCCACGGGCAACCGCGCGAUGCUCGCCGCCUCUUUGAGCACGCCACCGGCAUCCACUACCUCGACGAGGGCACAUACCGCUUCCGCCUCGCCAACAGCACCGCCUUGGCCGUCCAUGCCUCGCCCUACACUCCCGCCUACGGCACGUCGGGGUUCCAGGACCCGGCAGCAAGGCCAGGACCGGGGUCGGGCAAGGAGGGCGGGAGGGGGCACGAGUUCGCUGUCCCGGAGGACGCCGACGUCGUCAUCACGCAUGGUCUGCCCCGCGUUGUUUACGGCCGUCGCGCGGGCUUCGGGCAUAUCCACGAGGGCUGGGGGGCCGAAGUCGUCCCCUGGGGGGAGCCGCCGGAGCUGGAGAAAGAGGAACGGCGUGGCGGGUCUGGGAGCCAACGAGGGGGCUCGGGCUCGGGCUCGGGCUCAACGGUGAUUGCGGAUCUGGGGUCGGUCUCGCCGCUCAAGGGGGACAGUCCCGAGGUGGUGGCGGAGAAGGAGCGCAGGCUGCGGGAGUACGCGGCAGGCAAGUGCGUCAGGACGAGCCACUGUGCGGGCGACGCGCUGCCGGUCGAGAAAGGGGAGAACACCCUGUUUGUGAACGCGGCGGUCGCCGGGCAGCCCGUGCAGCCGGCCAGGACUACAUCACUUAUUCAAUUAUCAAUAACCGCCACCUCUUGA